GCCGUACUGACCUGCAACGUCUUCUUCAAGCCGGGUCACGUGAACGCCCAAACAACUCUCGCGCCGUCCCGGCCUCAGAGCGUCGCGUGACUUCCCCCCUCCAGCGCCACUGUUCCCCGGCAGUUGCCUAGCAACCACUGUACACUCGCGACGCUCGGCACUGAGCUGCCUUGUGCUGGGAGCGGCACGCGGUUCGCCUCCAGCCCGCUCCUCGCCGCUUCCCGCCAUGGGGGCCGUGGUCCGUCCUGUCGUGCGAUUCGGGAGGCGCAAAGGGCAGGAUCGAGAGCCUACCCCAAAUGAAGAUGAUGUUCUGGAGGGAAUAUUUCUUCCAGUGGGAGUAGAUCUUCGCCAAAUAACUAUACUGUCCAAAAAAGAAUGGGAGAGGAUUCAGGACAGACUCACUGCCCCAGCUAGAGAAGUAGCCCGGAUUCAGGCUGAAAGGAAAGCGCGGAAAGAUCUGCACUUGAAGUCUCAAGCACUUGUGAAAAACUGGAGCAACACUAUUGCAGGUAUGUCACAAGGAAAACUGGAAGCCAAAAAAGUGCGCCAGCAGAGGGAUGAGGAAGAAAGAAGAAAGAUUGACCUGGAAGAAGCAAAGUACCAAGCACAGAAGCGAAAAGAGGCCAUUGAGCAAGCCAAACUCUAUCAGUAUUAUCAGAAUGAGAGAGUGAAAGGAUUCCAUAGAGCCCUCUUACUUACUGAAGUCUUAAAAGAAAGAGAUGCCCAGAUUGAAUUUAAAAAGAUAAAAGAAAACCUGUACCGCAGCAAAGAUGAAGAAAUAGAAUGUGAACGUCAAAAAGCGAUACUAAGAGAGCAGGAAAAGGCUAGAGAACACCAUAUGAAGAGAAUGCAACUUAGCAAGGAGCAAAUGGAACAGAUAAAAGAGCACGAAUGUUUAGCAGAACUGAGCAGGCUGGAAGACAAAAGGGAAAGGAAAGAGAUACAGGCACAGGUCAGGCUACAUCAAUUGGAAAUGCAGGAAAAAGAGCUAGAGGAGCGAGAAGAGAAACUGAAGCGCAGGCAGGCACAUCAGGCACAUGUUGCUGACCAGGUAACUCUUAAGGCUAUAGAAAAACAAAAACAAGAGGAAGAGGAUGAAAAAGUUGGAGCGCAUUUUAAAGCAAAGCAAGCUAUGGCUAAGCUGACAAAAGCGAAAGAAGAGGAAAUGCUCAGGUUAAUGGAGAAACAGAGAGACAAUAUAACUAACCGCCUCCUGGCACAGAUGAAAAAGAAGUCUGAUGAUGAAGAUGAGCGUAUUGCUAGAGAUGUUGCAGAGGCAGAAGAGGAGCUUGAGAGAGAGCACAAAGCAAAAGAAGAAAAGAACAACAAUGAUUUGAAAUCCAUCAAAGAACACAGAAUUAAUGUGAUAAAAAUGAAAGAAGAGAAAGAAAAACAGGAGAAACUGGAAGCUCAAGAGAUACUUCAUGGACUAAUGGAAGCGGACCGGAUCUAUCAAGAACUGGAAAAGGACAAGAAACACAGAAAUCAUUGUGCAAACUUAAAAUUGCAAGACAGCCAUGUCAUGCAGAUAGCUGAAAAAAUGGCAAGAGAAGAGCGUGAGAAGCAAGAAGAUACAGAAUAUGUCAAGCAAAAAGAACUUAUUGCAUUAUUCAAGGAGCAGGAAUUCCAGCAGUAUGCAAAUAAAGUUAUUGACGAAGAAUCCAAGAACACACGGAAUCUUUACCCUCUUUUGAAAUCACUAAAUGAAGCUCAUGCUGGUGUGAACAGACCGGUUUUUAGAGAAAAUAAUCAGCCGUGUGAUAAGCAUGCUACUAAGCUACCAUAUAUAGGUGACACAGCUCAAGAAAUGAAACUGUUAAAUGAACAUGAAUAUGUUCACACUAAGGGUCGAUUAGGUUUUACAUGGUAAAAAAUGUUUUUGAAAGCUACAGUAAAAGCCUAGUGCAUUUUUGAAUAACCCAGAUUGUGAAUAUAUAAUGGAAAAUUAGCAAGUUUAAGAUAUCUUAAUAAAGUUUGUUACUAUCUAACUCUGCUUACAUAUAGCCUUGAAAAUCCAUAGUACUAAAUAAUGUGUAGCAUUUAGAAGGGCCAAAAAUCUUUCACAACUUUCAAUUCAAUUUUAUUUUAGGAAUUUCUGCUCCUUUAUUACUUAUGUUUCUGCCACUUGUGUGAAUGCCAGAAAUAAUACACCCUUUGUGAAGAAAGUGUUUGCUGUUCAUUGUCCAUUUAAACUGUUUAGGUUAGAAAAAUUAACUAGCCACUUAGUUCUAAAAGCAGGAUUUCUGAUUGUGUUUGCCUUUGAGAGCCAAAAUUUCAGAAACAUGGUUAAUUUUCUUUCACAAGUAGCCAGCAUGGUCCUCCCUGAUCAAGAUCAAGGCUCUGGCAGGGGUGUGUGGGUGGUAAAAUGGGCUUUAUCCCUUUACCUCCCACUAUGAACUCAGUCUGGAUUGAUCCCCCCUUUCUGCCUUUUGCAUGGGGGGAAACUCCACUUGAAGCUAAUGGAAGCUUUCCCCCCCAUGCACAUAGCAGGUGCAAAGUGUGUGUGGGGGUCAUCUCGACUUGGACCACGGGGGGUGGUGUGAAAAGUUAAAUCCCACCUACCCUGUAGUCAAGGGCAAACUGCAUGAUUAACAUCCUUUGCAUUUUGGCCCAGGCACGCAAAGUAGCGAGCCAUACACAAGGAAAAAACUGAUGCUAGGAACAUAGGUGCUUAUCCUUUCCCCCACUCACCACUUCCCCUACUUGACUGGAAAACCUGAUCUGGGGCCAUACUGGGGAUAAAGUAGUUAGGGUGGCAGAAGAAAUGCAGCAAGCAGAUGAAGAGUUAAGCACUAUGCUUUCCUCCUUCAAAUGCCCCUGCCUGCUUUGGGUGUCGGGGGCUAAUAUGGGCUUGGAAAGUGCCAUUGGUUUCAAAGAUUUAAAGGAAAAUGAAGGGUGGCUAGUUUUCUACACAAAGUAGCAAUGUUGAGAAAAGUCUAGUUUGACUCUUAGUCAUGGACUACAUAUCUUUAGAUAUUACUAUCAUGCCUUCUUGAUCUAUCAUCUAGCCUUUAAGCAUAAUUUAAAUCAGCAAGUAACUAAAGCCACAAUAUAGGUGCUUCUUUGAGGAUAGCAAAAGAAUUUCUUUUAAAUGUGAGAUGACACCAUUUACAACUUAAUAAAGAAUAAUAUCCAGCAAUAUGCUGUUUACUUGUAAUAAAUUUUGUUAUAACAACAUUCUGCAGUUUUGGAGUUGGCUUAUCUCCCAGGGAAGAAUAUUGUUAAGUGUUAACUUUAAUAAACGUGAA